AUGGUUUUCCUUAUUUCUCCUCUUCACCAAGGGCCUAGUGGUCCUCCGCAGAUGGUACAAGGUCAGUUCACCAGUUCAACCAGCAUCGAAGUUACAUGGAAUGAUGUGCGAGAAGACCAGCAACAUGGUGACAUCAUUGGCUAUACUGUCAAGUUCAAAAAGGUAAUGGAUGUGAAUGCUCCUUACAAAGAAACCGAAGUUACCUCAAAAUCUGCUGAAUUGAAGAAACUUGAAAAGUACACAGUGAUGGUUUNAGACAGACAGAAUUAUGUACUGAAAUUUAGAAUACUGUACAAGAAGAGGUUGAUCUGCACUUGUAAGUAUGAUAAACCCAGCGGUGCAAUCCAGUUUAUCUGGGGAUCGGUUGGUGCCUUUGCAGUACUCGUUUGUGUUGUGUUAAUCACAAUUGCUAUCAAACGAAUCAGGAGAAAGAGGAACGACUCUUUGGUUAUGGAGAGAAACAACGAGAAUAAUACUUCCAUGCUAGAAAUUACACCGGGCAUCAUGAAUCAGCUGAGAGAUCAUAGCCAGCAGAUCCCUAUAGAAGCGCCAGCAGAAGUGCUAAACUCAGGGGCAGAAGAGGUUGUGGUUGUUGACAAUGAGACAUAUCUAGAUCAAAUGGAAAUUGACAGAAACUGGGAAAUUCCUCGAGAAAGACUGGAAAUUUUAGAAACGAAACUUGGUGGAGGAGAGUUCGGAGUCGUUAAGAAGGGAAACUAUUUGAGAAGAGAUGGGAACAAAUUACCCGUCGCUGUUAAAAUGUUAAAAGAUACCAAUGACCAAAAGCAGCGCAUGGCACUAAUCCAGGAGUUAGAGAUGCUUAAGAAAGUAGGACGCCACAAAAAUAUUGUGAGCUUAGUUGGAGCAUGCUCAUUUGAAGAACCCCUAUGUGUGAUUAUUGAGUUCGUACCAGAUGGAAGUCUGGAUCGGAUAUUGCUUGAGAGCCGUAUUCCUGCUCGCACAGAGGAUGCAAAUUAUGCAAACCUUUGGUCUAGACUGUCCGAGAGAGAUU